AUGGGACAGCUCAGGCUGCCCCGGCGAGGCGCCCAGGCCGGCUGUGACGAUGCUCAGGGCUGGGCCGGGAUUGGGUCAGAGCCCCGGGGAGGGGAGGGUGUCACCAUCACCCGGCUGGCCCGAGCUCUGGGCCUGCCCUUUCUGUGGCCCGACAGGGAGGGGCCCCCGCUGUGGCCAGGUUCCCAGACAGAACCGACCUUGCGGGGCCUUCGCCGCACACAAGCUCGUGUCUGUGGGUCUGUGUCGGGGGCUCACGGUCGCGGCUCGGAGCCCCCGGCCCUCCUGGCCCGCCUGCCCGUCCGCCCACCGCCCGCCGCGCCCCCCGGGCUGAGUGACCUCAUAAAGGCCAUCAGUUCUUUCCUGGAGACACUGCCCUGCCUCAGGAUGACCCUGGUGGUCCCGGCCCUGCUGGCACUCGUGGCCUUGGGCGCGGCUGCACAGGCCUGCCUGCUGUGCUUCACCAGCUACUCACAGCGCCUGCGCAUCUGCCACAUGUUCACGGGCAGGCUGGGCCCCGAGCAGGAGAAGUGUGAGGAGGCCUUCACGGCCGCCUUCAAGGGGCUCCUGGAUGUGGAGUUUGACUACAGUCAGAGAAGCCACCUGCAUGACACCUUCACCCAGAUGACCCACUCCCUGGAGGAGCUGGCUGCCUCCCGGGGGUCCUACAAGGUUGGCUUCGCCAAUGCUGCUAGGAAAAUGAAAAUGGCCAUUUCACAGAUUAAACCAGCUCAGGCCUGCAUCCCUCCCUGCGGACUCCAGGACCUGGCCCGGCUUUUCCGCUGCCGCGGGUGCUACUCGCGCAGCUGCAACCUCCCGCUUGACUGCCCAGUUCAGGAAGUGAUGGUGACCCGCGGAGAUCAGGCCGUGUUCUCUUGCGUCGUGAACUUUCAGCUGCCCCAGGAGGAGAUCUCUUAUUCCUGGCUGUUCGCAGGAGGAGGUCUCCGCACCCAGGACGUGAACUACUUCCGAGAGGUGCCCGGGGCCCGGGGAUACCUGGCGCGGAUCCGGCCGGUGCAGCCUAAGCACAGCGGGACCUUCUCCUGCGUGAUCAAGCAAGACCAGCGCCUGCUGGCACGUCUCUACUUCUUCCUCAAUGUGACCGGCCCGACCCCGCGCGCUGAGACCGAGCUGCAGGUCACAUUCCGGGAAGUGAUGCGCUGGGCGCCACGGGACACCGAGCUUGUCGAGCCCUGGACGCCCAGCCUGGGCGAGCUGCUGGCGCGACCGGGAACCCUGAGCCGCACCAACCUGGGUCUGCUGGCGGCAGCCGCAGCCUGUGCAUCAGCCAGCGCGACCCUGCUGGCGUGGCUGUUCUUUCGGUGGUACCUGAGCGACCCCUGA